GCGAGGGAACAUAAACGCUUGCUUCCUUCCUUCCUUCCCAGCGGCUUCGCCACCGAUUCUCAGGCGCGCCUUAGACACCUCCCCAGUUGACCCAGAAAGGCCCCCUUCCCGGAAGGGUCCUGAGGGAAUGCUCGGCUGCCGUACAGCAUGGCGGCGCUAAUGCGCAUGGCUCCCUGCUUCCGGCUCCAGCCGGGGCUCCUCCGUACAGUGCGAGCCCUGUCCUCAGGGGAGAGCAAGUAUGAUCUUAUCGUCAUUGGAGGAGGAUCUGGAGGCCUUGCUUGUGCGAAAGAAGCUUCCCAAUUUGGAAAGAAAGUGGCUGUGUUAGAUUAUGUGGAUCCUUCUCCAAAAGGAACCAAAUGGGGACUUGGCGGUACUUGUGUCAAUGUCGGUUGCAUCCCUAAAAAGCUUAUGCACCAAGCUGCACUUCUGGGAAGCUCUCUUAAAGAUGCCCAACGCUAUGGCUGGAAUAUAUCCCGUCCAGCAAAUCAUGAUUGGUCCACCAUGGCAAAAGCUGUUCAAAACCAUGUUAAAUCCUUGAAUUGGGGUCACAGAGUACAGCUGCAAGACAAAAGAGUGAAAUACUUCAACUUGAAAGGCAGUUUUUUGGAUCAGCACACAGUUCGCGGGUUGGCAAAAGGAGGCAAAGAGAUUUUGCUCAGAGGAGAAAAUAUAGUCCUUGCUACUGGCGGGAGGCCUAAAUAUCCGACAAAUGUAAGUUGUGUGAAGAGUAUUGGGAUUACAAGUGAUGAUCUUUGGCUGAAAAAAUCGCCUGGGAAAACGUUGGUUGUCGGAGCCAGCUAUGUUUCGCUUGAGUGCGCUGGCUUUCUCACAGGCCUUGGAUUGGACGCCACAGUCAUGAUGAGGAGCAUCCCACUUCGUGGGUUUGAUCAGCAAAUGGCCACCUUGCUAACAGACUACAUGGGUGACUACGGCACAAGAUUUCUAAAGAAAUGCAGCCCGACUAAAGUGAAGAAAGCUGACAAUGGCCGAUUGCGGGUGACAUGGAAAUACCAUGAUUCUGGCAAAGAAAAAUCUGAUGAAUUUGACACGGUGAUGUGGGCAGUAGGCCGAGCCCCUGACACCAAACCUCUUAAUUUGGAAGUUGCUGGAGUGAAAAUAAACUCAGAGACGGGAAAGAUCAUUGUUGAUGCAAGAGAAGCCACUUCGGUUCCCCACAUUUAUGCAAUUGGAGACAUAACAGAGGAUCGUCCUGAACUAACACCUACAGCAAUAGCAGCAGGGAAGUUGCUGGCACGGCGGCUGUUUGGCCAGUUGGUGGAAUUAAUGGAUUAUGACAAUGUGCCAACCACUGUUUUCACUCCCUUGGAAUAUGGCUGUGUUGGUCUUUCUGAAGAAGAAGCUAUAGGACGAUUUGGAUCAGACAAUAUAGAGGUGUACCAUGCAUUUUAUAAGCCUUUGGAAUUUACUGUGGCCGAGAGAGAAGGCUCUCAAUGUUACAUAAAAAUGGUGUGCCUGCGCGAGACGGAGCAGCGAAUCCUCGGCCUCCAUUUCCUUGGUCCAAAUGCUGGAGAAGUUAUCCAAGGAUUUGCCCUUGGAAUCAAAUGUGGUGCUACCUAUUCACAAAUGAUGAAUACUGUUGGGAUUCACCCUACUUGUGCUGAGGAAGUCACCAAGCUGCACAUCACAAAACGCUCAGGUUUGGAUCCAACUGUCACCGGCUGUUGAGGUUAAGCGCCAUCCCUGGAUAGAAACUGAAGGAGCAUUUGGCAGAAGCAAUCCUAAGGAAAAAGAGAGAACAAUGGGAAGAUCAGAGGCUACAGAUUAACCCUGAUGGUCCAGAACCAAUGAAGCAGUCAGAGGAAUGGAAAUGAAAAGGAAUUUGCUUCCUUCCUGAUGGAUUCUGCCUUAUGCUCUCCAGGGAUGGCCUUCUUGUAACAAUAUCGGCUGGGCUAACGUUGACUCAAAAGGCCUGAUGGAUGGUUUGGAUUAUUUCCUGUGUGCGCAAAGCUGAAAAAUGUGCAUGUUUGCCAAACAAACAGAGGGAGGCCAGCCGCCCCACUGGAUGCCAGCUAAUGACGGCUUGUGUAUGAAACCACAUGUUGGGGUAGACAAGUCUGAUGUAUGCUGGGUCCCUUUUCAAUAGACAUGGUCUCAUCAUGUUUCUUAUGCACAUCCUUUUGAAAAAAAUAAAGAACAUCCUCACAGUGGCCGA